UGUGUGAAAAUUAUACAAAAAUGAAUGGAAAAUUAAAUGAUAAAACAAGUGAAAAUUUAUCAGUGGAAAUGUUAAAUCCAUUUGUGCAUCAUUUAGAAUUAAAGACAACAUAUGAGAAAAUUCGAACGGCGAUAUUUACAGUAAUUUUAUUGCCCAUUCGUGUGGCAAUUAUUUGUAUGCUGUUGGUGGCAGCUUGGUCUUUAGCAUGUAUUGGCCUUAUUGGCAUUAGUGAACAAGAGUUACGGGACAGACCGUUAACAGGAUGGCGACGACCAUUAAGGCAUUUUGCAUCCAAAAUUAUGUAUGCCGGAUUUAUUGCGGGUGGAUUUCAUUCGGUACGUGUGAUUGGACGUCAAGCUACAGCUGCUGAAGCUCGUAUACUGGUCUUAGCACCACAUUCAUCAUUCUUUGAUACACUUCCAAUUAUGGUAGCUGGUGCCCCAAGUGUUGUUGCCAAAGGGGAAACUUCGAUUAUACCAAUAUUUGGAAAAUUACUAAAUUAUACGCAGCCAGUUUACGUUUGGCGAGAUGAUCCAAAUUCACGGCAGAAUACGAUUAAAGAAAUCAUCGAUCGUGCAACAUCAGAUGAAGAUUGGCCUCAAAUAUUGGUAUUUCCAGAAGGAACUUGCACAAAUCGAUCAUGUUUAAUCACAUUCAAACCGGGUGCAUUUUAUCCUGGUGUUCCUGUUCAACCUGUUUGUAUACGUUACCCAAAUAAAUUGGAUACGGUCACAUGGACAUGGGAUGGACCUGGUGCAUUAAAAUUAUUAUGGUUAACGCUAACACAAAUGCAUAGUUCAUGUAUCAUUGAAUUUCUCCCGGUUUAUACGCCCAACGAAGCAGAGAAAAAAGAUCCAAAAUUAUUUGCUAGUAAUGUUCGUGCAGUUAUGGCCAAAGCAUUGGGUAUUCCUGUGUCCGAUUACACGUACGAUGAUUGUCGUGUAAUUACACGUGCAAAACAAAUGAAUUUACCAUGGGCUGCGGGUUUAGUUGAAGCACAAAAAUUCCGACAGAAAUUAGGAUUAGAUACAUCUAAUGCUGAAGUGAAAAUAUUAAAUUCACCGCAUAUUUUGUGCAAGGAUUGCAGUCAAUUGUCCUAUCCAGAAUUUGCAAAUAUGCUGCAAAUACCAAUGAACAAUGUUGUUUCACAACAAUUAUUUCGACUUUACGACAAAAAAAAUACAGGUGUGAUUGAUUUCCGAGAAUAUUUAUACAGCGUGCUUGUUAUUUCGCAAGCAGAAAAAACAUUGGAUAUGAUAGAAAUUGCUUUCAAAAUUUUCGAUCAUAGCGGCAGCGGUCGUUUAUCAAGGCAUGAAUUUAUAGAAGUUAUGAAGCAUUCGUUACAUAUUUACGAUGACGAUGCAAUUGGAAUUUUUUAUCAAAUUACAAAAGAUGAAAAUGCCACAAUCACAUUUGAUCAAUUUGCAAAAUAUGCAGAAAAUCGAAGUGAAUAUGCAUAUUUAUUUAAUACACAAGUACCACGUGAAUGUAAACCAUCAACAGAUCAUCAUCAACAUCAGCAAAACCUUAUAAAAAAGAUUGAAUGAUGUCAGCCUGACCUUAUUGUGUAAGUUACAGAACUUAUACAAAUAUGGGUCAGGUUUAUAGUAAGUAGAUUAUAUACAAAACUAUUUAAGAACACUUUUAAGACAAAGUACUCAGUGGAUAUCUUUCAUAAUUAUGACAUAAUUAUUUCAAAUAAAUCUCACCAGAUUUUUAUUAAAAACGUAUUAUUGAGUAUUCCUUUCGAUGUUAUUUUUGAAUAGACCGCCAUUUUGGUAUUUUGACAUAUGGCAAGUAAAAACUGACUUUAUAGUUUUAUAUAGACUAAGCAUCGCCUAUCUUUCCGUAUAGUGAGAAACGUGCCAACAACUGAGGUAAUUGCUUAGGUCAUUUAUCA